AUGACGUGGGAGUGGCGAGAAGGCCUACGUGGCUAUUCCUAUCCACUUGUGUUUGCUGUUUUCUACAAAGUAUUGUCUCUGCUGGGUCUAGACUCCAGGAUAUUGCUGAUAAAGAUACCAAGACUGGUUCAGGCUGUGAUUGCUGCCUGGGGGGACCUCUGCUUGUACAAGCUGUCAUCGAAGUUGAGCGGACGAGCCACUGCCCAAUGGACGCUUCUGUGUCAUCUCUUGUCUUGGUUUACCAUUUAUUGCUGUACUCGCACUUUGACUAACUCUACCGAGACUGUACUUAUAACUGCUGCGUUGAGUUACUUCCCCUGGCCUGAUCAUCCAUCGAAGCCAAAAGAUAUUUACAAAUUCUUGGCACUGGCCGCAUUGUCAGUUGUUGUUCGGCCCACAGCUGCUCUUGUCUGGAUUUUGUUAUGUUCCUGGCAUCUGCAACGAGUAUAUGGUUCUGCAGCUUUUAACGGCACCGUCAAUGCGUAUCUUCUCAUUGGCUCUCUCUCAUUUGGUGCCUCCGCUGUAGUUGACCGUAUUUGGUAUGGCAGAUGGGUGUUUGUGCAGCUCAACUUCCUGUGGUUCAACCUAAUAACUGGUGGUGCGGAUAUUUACGGUGUGCACCCUUGGCACUGGUACUUUGUCCAAGGAUUUCCUGUUGUCCUUGGAACACUCAUCUUCCCGUUUGUUGUUGGAGCAUGGAGGGCCAAGAACAAAAUGCUUCUGUGGAUAAUUUUAUGGAUUCUGGCUACUCACAGCUUCCUAGCACACAAGGAGUUCCGGUUCUUGAUGCCCAUAAUCCCUCUGGCCUGCCACUACUGCGGGGUCUACUUCCAGACACUGUGCUGCAAACCUCCUGUGAGAAAGUUUCGCUCUCUUAAAAAGGAGGAUAAGAAAUUAAAGGCCAAGCUGUCUGUGAUCAUCUUGCUGGUCACUAACCUGAUCCCAGCUUUAUACUUUUGCCUGCUACAUCAACGAGGGACAGUGAUGGUCACCAAGUUCAUAUAUGAUACCAGCUUGAAGAAGCCAGAUAGUGAUGUUCUGUUCCUCAUGCCUUGCCAUUCCACUCCUUACUAUAGUUACAUACAUAACAACAUCAGCAUGCGGUUCCUGACUUGUGAGCCGAAUCUUAUGGGGGUCUCCAACUACACAGAUGAAGCUGAUCUCUUUUAUCAGGAUCCCAAAGGCUGGCUGCGCAAAGAAUACAUGCACGCAGGACAAUCCUGGCCGGCCAUUUUGGUGUACUUUGAUGUCCUUCAGAAGGACAUCAGUGACAUACUGUUGCAGGCUGGGUAUCAUCCCUGCGAAAGCUUUUUCCAUACCCACAUCCCAGAGGGUAGAAUAGGUUCUUAUGUCCUUGUCAGCUGCAGAUGA